AUGAUGUUGGCUGAACGUACAAUGGAGGAAACCAAGUAUGAAUGUAGCAAAUGUGGGAAAGGCUUCCCUAGACAACACAGGCUCAACAAACAUAUGAAAACACAUACAAAGCCAUACAAGUGUCUAUUCAGCACGCCGAGAGCCACUCUUGAUCGAUGCCCCGCCGAGUUUGCGGAGAAGAAAGACCUCCUUCGUCACCGAAACACCAACCACGUGAGAGUCGACGGACCAUACAAGUGCCCUGACUGCGGGGAAGAACUAGGAAGGUCAGACUAUGUAUCGCGUCACCUCAAUGAGUCUUGCCGCAUGAGAAAAGGUGGUAAACAGGCGCCGUUCAGCCAGCCGACGCAGGUAGGAAGCAAGCCCCACCACCUCACUGCCUGCGGCAAGACGCAGUUUGACGAACAUGCCCUCGAUCCGGGCCUCUGGUAG